AUGCAUUUUGGAAAUAUUCUGUUCCCUGCCCUUCUCUUUUUCGCUGCCCCCUUCAAUGCGGAGGAGCCGGGACCAAGUGCCGAGAUGCUGGAGAGUAUUGGAACCUUGGAGACUAUGAUCGCAUCCUCCGCCAAGGCUCUGAGAGAAUACAAUGGUGCAGCCACUGAUACUCCGGCGCUUGCCUACACUCUGUACUCCACUAGACGACAGACAAAGAAGUUUGUCAGUGACGUACAAAGUAGGGAGAGCUUUACUGCCGCGGACAGCGCUGCGGUUGCCAACCGCACAGUCGAUCUCCACGGCCAUCUAGUAGAUCUCUUGAAUAUCGGGAGGACUAAGGUACGUCUUCUAUCAUGUGUGAUUGGCGAAAACCGUGGUUGUAACAAAAUUCGGUUUCUUGGGCAGAUACCAUUGGUUAGAGCAGCCGGGUAUGGGUCGGUGGCUCAAAAGCUGGUACAGGACUUUCACCAACAGGAUAGAGCGUUACAGACGCUCGUCUGGGCCAGAAUGGCUACAGUUGAUCAGGAAAAAGCGGCAGAAGGGUUUCAGAACUUUGAGCAUGCUUAUGAUGCGUUGUUGAAAGCUUCUCAGGGUUAA